UACAGACCGCUAGGGUUCAGAACAGACAUAUCUGACUACGCAUACUAUGUAUGGAAGAGAGCUAUCUUGUUGGCGAAUCCCUCUGUCGCUAGGGCUGCGUUAAUGCACGGUGGACUGAUUUGGCGUAUCGCGAUGGACCAUGUAGAGAGCUCCAGCUUCGUGCUGUCAGGGCCAGGCGAAGGUGUCUUUGAGGAAGGUUCUACCCACGUUCUGCAGGACAGGUCUCGAAGAAAUAGCUCACCCAUCUGGGCAGAAGAACUCCGAGAGGACCAGAUAGAUAUCAUAUGCGGCACCUACAAAGUCUACAACCAUUCAUCGAAGUGUAUCAGUAUGACCCAAGAUGUGUCGUGGUUUCCCAAAGAAGGCAGUUUCAAGAACUCGGGUUUGGAUCUUGGCUUUUGGAGUGCGGAUGCGGAACAUUGGUACCUUCGACGAGUCAAAUGGUACCGCGAUGGACAUCCCAAAGGAAGGUGUCAAAACCAGACAGAGUGGAGGCGCAGCAUCAGGUUAUGGCAUGCCGCGACUAAAAUGUCACAAGGUCUGGAGGCUCUUUCAAAGUGUUUCGUUGAAAAGCAUGUACUCAAUCACGAAGUUCCCUAG